AUGGAUCAACCUGCAGGUGAUGAAAGUACUGCAAGAUAUACAGGUUCACGUUUUCUUAGUCCUAUUGCUGAUACAGUCGGCCUACGAAUUGAUCAAUUCAAUUUUCUUGUUACUGAAACAUUAGCAUUAAUUUUUGCUAUGUGUUUUCGACAUUUUCUUCCACCGAAGUCAAGCAAUACACUUCCAAGACAUUUAGUAGCAAGUCUUCUUGGCAUUGCUCUUUGUCAUUUCUGUUAUGGUUCACAAAUAUGGCAUAUAAUUAUGCAAUCAUCUGUUGUAUAUCUAAUACUUUAUUCGGUUCAUCCGAAACAUUCACAUCUUGUUGUAUUUGUCUUUUGUAUGGCUUAUUUAAGUGCAGUUCAUAUUUAUCGUAUAAUAUAUGAUUAUGGAAAUUCUACAAUUGAUAUAAGUGCAUCAUUAAUGAUAAAUACACAAAAAUUAACAGCACUUGCUUUUGCAUUCUAUGAUGGUUAUCGUUCAACACAACGUGCUCGACGUCGAAGACCAGAUGAAGAUGAUGAACAUACAGCAUUAAAUGAAGAUCAAGAAAAACAAAAAAUUAUUGAUAUACCAAAACCUAUUGAAUAUCUUAGUUAUAUAUUUUAUUUUCAAGGAAUAUGUGUUGGACCAUUAUGUUUUUUUAAAGAUUAUUGUGAUUUUAUUGAAGGACGUAAUUUACUUGUUAUACCAACAAGUGGAACAAUAGAUAAAUCCAAUGAUGAACAAUAUCAAUUGUCUCAAAUAAAACAACCAUCUAUAUUUUGGCCUGUAUUUACAAAAAUUUUACAAUGUUCUAUGUGGGGUUAUAUAUUUCUAGCUUAUGCACCAUAUUAUUCAUUAGAAUAUAAUUUAAGUCAAGAAAUUAUUAAUUCUUCAUUUUUCAAACGAGUUUGGAUUCUUGUAAUUUCAAUAUUUUGUGUUCGAGUAAAAUAUUAUUGUGCAUUUAUUUUAUCGGAAGCUGUUAAUAAUGCAGCUGGUCUUGGUUUUAAUGGUUUUGAUAAAAAUGGCAUACCACGAUGGGAUCUUUUGACAAAUGUUAAACCACUUCAAAUAGAAUUAGGAACAAGUUUAAAAGUUGUUUUAGAUGUAUGGAAUAUACGUAAGAAAUGA